AUGGAAACAAUAGCAGCAGCAGAAAAAUUAAGCCUAAAGUCCACCAUUGCCCUGCGCGACUCGGACGCCAAGCUGCCCGUCCUCGGCUUUGGGGUCUACCAGAUCGAUCCCCCCGACACGACGGCGGCGUGUCUGCAGGCGCUGGAGGCGGGCUACCGCCACAUUGACACGGCGCAACUGUACCAAAACGAGGCCGAGGUGGGCGAGGCGCUGCGGACGUGCGGCUUGCCGCGCGAGGAUAUCUUUGUCACGACCAAGAUUCGCUACCCUCGUCUCGGCAAGGGCAAGACGUACCUGCGCGCGCUGCAGAGCAUCGAGAAAAUCGAUGCGCGCGGGGACGGAGAGGAGGAGCAGGGCUAUGUGGAUUUGUUCCUCAUUCACACGCCCUAUGGCAUUAGUGCCAAGGAUCGCAAGGAAAUGUGGUUGGCGCUGGAGAAGCUUCACGACGAGGGUCGGGCUCGGGCCAUUGGCGUGAGCAAUUUUGCGCCCGAGCAUCUCGAGGAGAUGAGGUCGUAUGCGUCCGUGUGGCCUCCGGCUGUCAAUCAGAUCCUGCUUCAUCCCUGGACUCAGCAACGAAAGACGGUUGACUACUGCAAUGAGCAUGGCAUCGUGCUCGAGGCCCAUACGCCGUUGGCUAGAGGCGCGAGAUGGAAUGAUCCCGUCGUUGCUGAAAUCGCAGAGAAACUCGACAAGUCGCCAGCACAAGUCUUGAUCCGGUAUUGCUUGCAAAAGGGGUGGGUUCCGUUACCCAGGAGCGAGAAGGAGGAGCGCGUCAAGGAGAAUGCCGACGUUUUUGACUUUGAAAUAUCAGAAACUGAUAUGCAAGCUCUCGAUGCAUUGGAUGGCCAGAAAGAGCCCAAUUGA